AUGAACGAGAGGCAGGCAGUCAGAACGCUCAAAUGUACGAGAGGCAGGCAGGCAGAACGCUCAAACGAACGAGAGGCAGGCAGAACGAAUGAACAAGAGGCAGGUAGAACGAACAAACAAACGAGAGUCAGGCAGGCAGAACAAAUAAACAAACGAGAGGCAGGCAGGCAGAACGAACGAACGAACGAGAGGCAGGCAGGCAGAACGAACGAACGAACGAGAGGCAGGCAGGCAGAACGCUCGAACAAACGAAAGGCAGGCAGGCAGAACGCUCGAACGAACGAGAGGCAGGCAGGCAGAACGCUCGAACGAACGAGAGGCAGGCAGACAGAACGCUCAAACGAACGAAAGGCAGGCAGGCAGAACGCUCGAACGUAA